AUGUUGCGACAAGAGCUUAGAGCUGAGCCCGGGAUUAUGGAGGAGGCCUCGGAUGCUUCAGUGGGAAUUGGGUGUCUCCGGGCUGUUUGUUGCUUCGGCUUCGGAGUGGCGGCGACCUCGCUUCUUCCGUCAAUCAAGCCCUGGGAUGGCCAAAGCAUGAUCGCGGAUCUCCACUUCUUCACCGCUGAAUCCGGGACAACUUUAGCCCCAGUCACAGCAAGAAGUGGGCCGUCGGACGUCGCAUUGCCCGAUUCUUCAACUGUGACAACUACGACCGCGACGUCGGGCCCCAUCUGCAGCUCCAUUCACUGCGGCUCCUGGUUCAGGAUGCCUCGGGGUCCUGCGGUGCCCAAAGAGCCGCCUUUCUACUGGAACAAGCACAUCGUGCUCAUCGGCGACUCCCGAAUGCGCUAUCAGUAUGCGUCCCUGGCGUACUUCUUCACCUACGAUGCCUUUCCCACCGGCACAAACAUGGCCUUCCUGGCCAGCGUGGAGCAAGCUCAAAAGGGCUACAACCAGUGGUUCAACCGGACCAGCCGCGUCUUGCGGCACGACAUGUGCAACUGCUUCCGCACCAAACCCUGGAGACCGACUCUUGCGGUGGAGCAUCACUACUACCGAAACCCGGAGAAGAUGCUCGCCAUCACCUACUUGCAAAGGUUUGGCACGAACAUCAUGCAGGGACACUGGAAGGCGGAGGGCACCAGCGUUGACCAGUGCAACUGCCUCUGUGGGCCGAAUGAGUGCAACAUCCUUCAGAUACCCUCCAGAUGGAAUGUGACCACCAUAACAGAGCUCGCGAGCCUUGUCGUCGGCCUCCAACCCGACUUUGUGAUCUUUCAUCCGGGCUGGGAGGAGAUCGCCAGCUGGCGUCAAGAAGAUGUGGUCCAGCUCUUUACUGAGAUUCAAGAAGCGAGACCUAGUGCCCAGAUGUACUUCAAGACCCGAUUGCUUACUUCCCGGGAGAAUCCCCAGACUUUCCUCGCCACCGUCAACAGCCUUUAUGCCGACAUGUACCAGAAACACCGCUUCGCGGAGCGCGGCUGGCACAUGUAUGAUGUCUCCAAUCUCACGGCGAACUGGAAGGUCAAAGACAUGAACUGUUCGUUCAUGUGGGACAACUUUCACUACGACCUUCCCUCGAACAACGCCUUUAACAAGCUCUUGCUGCGGGCCCUCUUCGGUGUAGACGUGCAAUGA